AUGAGACCACGCACCCACGGCGCCUCCCGGCGCAACAUCAUGUCCACCAUCCCCAAGUGGUUCAAAGGGGCGCCCUUUGGGGUGCAGAGCCACAGGUUUGAUGUCUCCGCUGUUUAUCCCAACCAGAAGAAAUUCAGCACCUUCACAGAGGUCCCAUACUCCAGGCAUCAUUCUGUAGAACAGUCCCACAUAGGACCUGGGACCUAUAACUCCAAGGAUACCUGCUUCAGCAAGAAGUUUCUGGAACAGAAAUUGGGCUCAGGAUGGGCCCGGGCCCAAGAAGCUACUCGGCUGACCCAGCUACCUCACUUCCAGUACCAAGCCAUCAAGAAGGAAAAAGAGCAGCAGGUGCACAAGCGGGGGCCUGGCUCCUACAACAUCAAAGACUUCUUAACUGAGCUGCAGAAGAAACCACAGAGCAAACGGGGGUUGCUUAGCUCUGGGGAGACCCGCUUCCGAGGUCUCAUCGGGAACUAUUAUCCAGGCCCUGGAAAUUAUGGGAUAAAGGGGAAUCCAUACACACAGCUGGAGGAGAAGGCCUGGAACCGCUCACAUUCUGACGGCCUCAUGUGUAGAGUGUCCAACAAGCCACCACCCUUGUCUCAUCAGGGCAGUGGCCUGGGACCUGGGACCUACACCAUCAAGAGCGAUAUUGAGACCUUCGUGAAAAAAUCCACGGGUACUCGUGGUCCCUAUGACAUUUUCUCUGGUGAACGGAGCAAUCCUGUGCCCUACGGACAUUACUCUGUGCAGAAAAAGAAGCCCAAGGAACUGACGAAUUACAAGAGCUUUUUGGACGAACUGAACUCACAACACAAGAAGAAACAAGGGGUUUUCUCGAAAUAUCCCCGGGAUCCGAAACACCCCACAGAGAGAAUUUUCUGGACAACCCUUAGUCAGUGCCCCAAAAAUAUGGAUAUAGCUGGCCCUGGUUCUUGGCUUCCUCAUGAGACGGAACAGAAACAUGUCAACCGGCCACCAUUCCUCUUGGCCUCCAAGCGGUCUGGCCUAAAGGCCUACCAGAUGAUUUUGGGAACCUGGAAUCCCGUUGGCGUCGGCCGCUAUCUCAACACCACCCUGAUGGAGACCAUAGACCGAAGGCAGCGAUUCCGCUCUCUGUACAUGGGCGAACCCAAGCGCUACCUGCAGGACCUAAACCGAGACAGACUCAUGCAGGAACGGAUUACACCUUUUACGAAGGGCAAGUGCUCUCCAACUGUGGACUACAAUUCCGAUCCUACUCCUUAA